CACUAGCGGACAACACUGACAACCACCCCCCUACAAUCCCUCCAGCUCACUCGCAUAGACUCGUCCGUGACCGAAGAAAGGAAGGGCGAAAGAGAGAGGGAGUGAGUACUCCUGACGUCACUGUAGUCACUCUGUCGAAGCCGCGCUCUUUAGAAAGCCAGUCCAGUUCGGCGAGUGAACAGGUUUCCCGUGACAUGGCUCUGUAGCGUGCUCGGUGCAUGUGUUUCAGAAUGCGUUUUCUUCACUGAAGCUCCGUCGGUGCUCAUGUCCACCAUGAAUGGGCGAACCUACGAAAACAACUGUCUUCGCUGCGGCCACACGGUCUACCAGGUAGACAAAGUCGGGCCGCUGAAAGACUUCACAUUUUACCACCAGGGUUGCUUCAAGUGCCUCGUGUGCGGCACAAAACUAACGCUGAAGACCUACUUCAACAACCAGCAGAGUCAAGAUGACAAGGAAGUCUACUGUCAGAACCACGUGCCCAAGACGGGCCCUGGACACCUGGACGGUAUGUCCGUCGGCAUCAAGGCUGCGCUCAGUGUUCCCAAGACAAAUCAUCUAGUGAACGACCAGAUACGAGGAUUCGGCAAAGGAACGUUCGACGCGGAUGCUUUAGGCAUCAAGAGUGCGUUGAAUCACACGAGAAACCAUCACGAGCAGGAAUAUAAACACCCCGUGAGUCGAGCCGGCAGAUUUGAUGCCAGCGCGCUGCACAUCACUCAUGCUCUCAAUGCAACUAAGGUGCACCGUGGACAGUUGCUUUACGAAAGGAAUAUGGACGAAUAUCUGGACCCAGAGACACAACGGACCUUGGAAAUGCGACAUCGCAUGGAAGAGGAUGACCUCUACCGGCAGUUUGCGAAGAAGCGGGCUGAAGAGGAGACCCACAUCACCCACCAAAUCCAGGAAGAAUGGGAAAAGGAACUGGAAAGGCUGACCUACCGGUACCAGCAAGAAGCACGACGAAAAAAGAAGAGCACUGAAGAGGAGCGGGCCCUUAGCAUCCGGCAUCAAAAAGAAAAAGAGGACCUCGAGAAGAACAUGACCAUAAAGCUGGACCGCAAGAAGGAAUCCCUCACACGAAAGCUCCUGGAGCAGGAACGUGCGGCCACUGCUGACCUGGUGGAGAAACAUAGUGAAGAGAUGCUCAACCUCAUCAACGAGAAGAAAGAUGAGCUCAUCAGGAGAGAAGGGAAUGGCUACCUCAAUGACGAGAUCACACCUUAUCCCAGUCAUCCUCCACCACCAACUCCACCCACCAUCUACAAGACAGACAUCUACACAGAUCCAGAUAUCUUUGCAGAGCUCGAUCAAAUUGCGAUUAAUGUUGCUCAAUCUGACCAGAUAACGUUUACGGACUUGGUUCGGCAACUCAUCUCUGAUUCUGUGUCUGAUGUUGAAAAAGCAAGAACAAUAUUCCGGUGGAUUACGGUGAAGAACCUUAACACCAUGCAUUUCGAUGACAAUGUCAUUGCUGACACACCAAUGGGCAUCCUCAGAGGCAUUAAGCAUGGUACCGAAAGCUACCACGUGCUCUUCAAACGAUUAUGCAGCUAUGCCGGCCUUCAUUGUGUGGUCAUCAAGGGCUACUCCAAGAGUGCAGGGUACCAGCCAGGCGUUCGGUUCGAGGACAACCGUUUUCGCAACUCCUGGAACGCAGUGUAUGUAGCUGGCGCAUGGCGCUUUGUUCAGUGCAACUGGGGUGCUCGUCAUUUGGUCAACGCCAAAGAAGUCCCCAAACCCGGCAGCAAAGGAAAAUCAGACUCCCUUCGUUACGAAUACGAUGACCACUACUUCUUGACCGACCCGAGGGAAUUCAUUUAUGAGUUCUUCCCUCUUCAGCCCGAGUGGCAGCUGUUGAAGAGACCCAUAUCGCUGCGGGAGUUUGAAGAGCUCCCAUUUGUGCGGUCGCUGUUCUUUCGCUAUGGUCUCUACUUCCCCGACAACGACACGACAGCUAUGCUCUACACGGACAGCACCGGUGCUGCAACCGUUCGCAUUGGAAUGCCUGAAGACAUGUCCCACAGCCUUAUUUUCCACUACAACCUCAAGUUCUACGAUAGCGACCGGGACUCCUUCGACGGCAUCAGCAUGAAGCGCUUCGUAAUGCAGAGCAUGGUUGGCAACAUUGUGGCGUUCCGCGUGCACGCGCCCUGCUCGGGCUUGCUGCUCCUCGACAUUUUUGCGAAUGCCGUGACCCCGAAGGAAUACCUCACGGGGGAGCCGAUGAAGUUCAAGAGUGUCUGCAAGUUUAAGAUAGUUUGUGAUGACCUUCAGACAGUCAUGGUACCGCUUCCAGACUGCGCCUCUGGCGAGUGGGGCCCCAUGAAAGCAACUCGGCUGUUUGGACUUAUACCCGUGUCACACGAAGACGCGCUCAUAUUUUCCAGCCGGGAACUCGAGGUGCAGUUCAGGAUGACUCGUCCACUGACAGACUUCAUGGCGACCCUUCACAGAAACGACGUUGAGGAAAAGAAACUCUCUAAAUUUGUUUCCCACACUAUCCGUGACGACCUGGUCACGUUCUUUGUCGCCUUCCCAGAGGACGGACAAUAUGGAAUGGACAUCUACACGAGAGAAAUGAUGAAUGGGGAGAUCGAUACCGGAGAGAAACAUUUGCUUACCCAUUCUUGCAAGUACCUCAUCAAUGUCUCCAAGAAGCUCUAAGUUCACGAACCUGACAUUCAAAUGAUGUUGGCUUUAUGUGCGAUAUCAUCCACUGCUCGACGGAAGCAGUUUUUAUUCCAGGGACCGAGAAAUUUCCCAUAGAUAUAAUUGUAGAGCUUGUCUGUGAAUGACUUACCAUGUGGAUGGAAAAGGCAGUGACUUUUGGCUUCUAUGAGGAACUGAAAAGAAAGAAGUGAGUGUGAAGUGCAACGGCCCACUUGUUGGCAGGGGUUGUAUGUAUAUUUGAUCAAGUUAGAUGCAUGCACAUUUGUUUAACUUAUUCACAUUCUUUUAAAACGUUCUCUCGCCAACCUGGUGGUGAAAGUUUCAGUGUCUCGAGGCCUGCAGUGCCUUCAGAAUACUGUAUUUUUUAUACUGUUUUAAGAUAUUUCUAAGUUGCACUAAUUUUCAUGUGCUUAAGUGUAAAUUAAUAAAGUUAAUAUAUACACUUGUA